AUGUUCUCUUCGGAGAAGAAGGAGGCUAGCAUUGGCAGCAAAGCCGUGCAAGACGGUCCUUACACGCACUCGUCAAGCCCCAGCUCGAUUUCCCAAGAUGAUGUCGAGGGUUCGCCAAUGCCGGGCACUACUGUCCAGCUCAAGCGUAGACUGCAGUCACGUCACCUGCAGAUGAUUGCCAUUGGUGGAACAAUCGGUACAGGUCUUUUCAUCGGUUCUGGAGGCGCACUCGCAAAUGCUGGACCCGCUGGUGCAUUGAUCGCAUACGCCUUCGUCGGUACACUCGUCUACUCGGUUAUGGUCGCUCUGGGCGAGAUGGCCACCUUCCUGCCUGUUUCUGGCGCCUUCACGGCAUACGCAGCACGCUUCGUCGAUCCCAGUCUUGGGUUUGCCAUGGGUUGGAUCUACUGGUUCUCAUGGGCAAUGACAUAUGCUCUGGAGUUGACUGCUAGCGGUCUAAUCAUCCAAUACUGGGAUCCCAGUCUCAACAUUGGUAUCUUCAUUGGUACCUUCUGGGCUGUCAUCUCGCUUGUCAACUUCCUUCCCGUCUCCUUCUACGGAGAGAUCGAGUUCUACUUUGCCAGCAUCAAGGUCUUGACUGUUAUUGGAUUCAUGAUCUUUGCCAUUUGCAUCGAUGCAGGAGCUGGACAACACGGAUACCUCGGUUUCGACACGUGGAAGAACCCCGGAGCCUUUGCUCCUUACCUUGUCAAGGACAACGAGGCCGUCGCCAAGUUUGUCGGUUUCUGGGCCGUCCUGAUCCAGGCUGGUUUCUCCUACCAAGGCACUGAGCUCGUCGGUAUUGCCGCUGGUGAAACCAGCAACCCUCGCAAGACCGUCCCUGCCGCCAUCAAGAAGACCUUCUACCGUAUCGUCUUUUUCUUCGUCCUGACAAUCUUCUUCAUUGGUCUUCUCGUGCCUUACGACAACGAAGGCCUCAUCUCCGACCACACCGACGCUUCCUCCUCCCCCUUUGUCAUCGCCGCAAACCUUGCCGGCGUCAAAGUGCUCCCCAGCAUCAUCAACGCAGUCCUCCUCUGUGUCGUCCUCAGCGCCGCAAACUCCAACGUCUACUCUGGCUCCCGUAUCCUCGUCGGUCUGGCCGAACAGGGCUCAGCACCCAAGUGGAUGGCCCGCACCACCGCCCGCGGUGUUCCAUACUACGCCGUCGCCUUCACCGCCGCUUUCGGUCUACUGGGCUUCAUGAACGAAUCCAACAGCGGAGGCCAAGUCUUCAACUGGCUCGUCAACAUCACCGGUGUCGCUGGCUUCAUCACCUGGACCUGCAUCAACAUCUCGCACAUUGCAUUCAUGCGCGCACUCGCCGCCAGAAACGUCUCUCGCGAUACCCUUCCCUACAAGGCAAUGUGGCAGCCCUGGUUCUCGUGGUACGGAGUCUUUUUCAACAUUUUGAUCAUCCUCACUCAAGGAUUCACCGCGUUCAUGCCAUGGAACACUAGCGAUUUCUUCGUUGCGUACAUUUCGCUGUUCUUGUUUGCCGCGUUGUAUGCUGGUCACAAGCUUGUGUUCCGUCAGCCGUUUGUCAAGUCCAUCGAGGCUGAUCUCGAUACUGGACGCAAAGAGAUUGAGGAGAUGCACUUUGAGGAGGUCGAGCCUGUCGGUGCUUGGCAGAAGUUCUGGGCAUGGAUGGGUUAG